CAAAGGUCAACUGCUAGCUGCUGAUGAUAAACAUAAAAAGAUGGAGCUUAGUGCAGAACUGUUACAAAGUUUACAAAUUUGCGGAGAUUCGGUCCAUAUUAAAGACGAUUCUUUCAAGUCCUUAAUAAAUGUUGUUAUUGAAGAUUUAUUGGGGAGUAAGUCAGGUGAUGGGGAGGUGUCAGGGAUUGAAGCAGCUAUAUACAAGCAGUCCUAUGGUGCAUUAGCUACAUUUACUUUAGAAGCUGCGAAGUAUGAUGCAUCUGCUUCAAACAUAAGUUCCUUAUUAGAAGAUUGCAAGUUUUCCGCUGAUAGAACAGAAAUGUUUAACAAAAUUUUUAAAGAGAAAAAGCCAGCCUUGAGAGCCAUGCUGUCAAGAAUAGGGAAAACUCCAGCACAUGUUGUUGAUGUUGAUUGGCGAUUAGAUUACUAUAUGAAGAAUAACUAUUUAGAUAAAGUGAAUAAACCAACUUAUUUGAUAACAUUAAAGACAGAAGAGAAUGGAAGCAGUCAAUUAAAAGAUGUUCAGUUUGGGUGCACAUUAGAACAACUUCAGGAUUUAGUUGGUAAAUUGAAGGACGCCACCAAGAGCCUAGAAAAAGCAACACAGAUUUGAUAACUUCAUUUUCAAAAAACGAUACGAAUUUAUUAGAAAGUACUGUAAUUUUGAACGUUUUUUGCUAGAAAUAUGUUACAAUAUAUUUUAGUUUUAAACUGUGUAGUUAUUUCUGUAUAAACUUUCAAUUAGCAUUAUACACACUGAGGCUUAAGUAUAAACAUUCCUUAAUCAAUAUGAUAUUGCUCAUGAUUACAGUUUUUGCUUGUAAAAUUAUCAUGCUCAUCAUUUACAUAUACAUUGUUUUAAUAAUGUUGUUAUACAAAAAUGAAUAUAUUAUCUAUAUUUGUAUUAAAAAAAUAAUAAAACUAUUUUAUUUCCUUGAUGGUUACCUAAUUUGAGGCAGAAGAAUUUGCAGUCACCUUACUUAAGUCAGAAAUACCACUACCACUUGUUAUGAAGUUUAUCAUUACCACAGAGUAACUAAAAAUAGUUUACAUCAGUAAAAAAAAAAAAAAAAAAAAA